AUGCUGGUGACCUAUUUGGAAGCCAGCCGGGACCUUUGCGAGACGGAUUCAAUUCUUUUUGGCGCCGCACUGGCAGUAUGCCGUAUUAUUGGCGCCAAACUUCCCGUGGCUGGACGUGCUACUCAAAAAAGUAGCGCCAUCCCAGCCUGGAGAAAAAGAAUUGAGGACCGUAUCGCAAAGGCAAGGGCCCUUAUCGGCAGACUGACAAGCUUCAGGUCGGGUAAUAAUAGACCGAGGAUUAUGCGCACCGUUAGGAUGGCGUUUGCUGGGACAAAUAUCAAUUUGUUCCAGCCGGAUAUCACGCAAAAACUAACGGAGCGCAUAGAUGACCUGAAGCAAAAAAUCGCUGCUUGGGGGAAGCGGAUUCGACGAUUUAGCGAGAGGUCAAGGCGGUUCAACCAGAAUCGUCUCUUCCAGAGUGAUCAGAAGAGGCUCUAUAAAACAUUGGAGCGACCAAAGGUAUGUGGAGCGGGCCCAGGACCGGAUCAGGCUGACACUGUCGCAUUUUGGCGUGGCCUGUGGUCAGAGCCCGUAAACCACAGCGAGGGCCCUUGGAUGGAAGUUGUGGCGAGCCAGAGUGCAAGUGUUACGCCUAUGGACCCCGUCACUAUAACGCCUGAAGACGUGGCUGAGGCGGUCCGUAGGGCCCCGAACUGGAAAAGUCCGGGGCUCGACGGGCUGCAUCAUUACUGGCUGAAGGGGGCGAAAGGGGAAGAAACUAAGGGGAUAGCGUAUCGGGCUCGGAUGCAUUGCUUUUUUGCUGAGCUGGAACCGUCUAUUCUCGUCACGGAACAAAACCUGGCAGACCGAGUUCGGUACAUCAUGCGCACGAAAAUAUUUGAUGAUGCCGAGCUCGAACGACUACGGCGUGAGGCCAUUCCCUCAUCGAAUGAAUUGGCUACGGCUGGGGAUGCGGCUCCUCAGGCGACAGACCAGCUGCCACGCGUAGAAGAUGCCAUGGAUCUUCCAGUUGUGGUUGAUUUCGACGAUGAUGAAAUGGUCUCCCACGAACUAGAGCAAAUGAGGAGUAUACUGGAAGAGGCGAUUUUGGAAACGCGCACCAUGCCUCUCGAAAAUCGACCGCGACUUCCCCGCAUACCCCUAAGCAAGCGAAAUCGGGCUGUCGUGAGGGCUCUUAACCCUAUGCUGGUAACCUAUUUGGAAGCCAGCCGGGACCUUUGCGAGACGGACUCAGUUCUUUUUGGCGCCGCAGUGGCAGCUUGCCGUAUUAUUGGCGCCAAACUUCCCCUGGCUGGACGCGCUACUAAACAAAGUAGCGCCAUCCCAGCCUGGAGAAAAAGAAUUGAGGACCGUAUCGCAAAGGCAAGGGCCCUUAUCGGCAGACUGACAAGCUUCAGGUCGGGUAAUAAUAGACCGAGGGUUGUGCGCUCCGUUAGAAUGGCGUUUGCUGGGACAAAAAUCAGUUUGUCCCAGCCGGAUAUCACGCAGAAACUAACGGAGCGCAUAGACGACCUGAAGCAAAAAAUUGCUGCUUGGGGGAAGCGGAUUCGCCGAUUUACCGAGAGGUCAAGGCGGUUCAACCAGAAUCGUCUCUUCCAGAGUGAUCAGAAGAGGCUCUACAAAUCAUUGGAGCGACCAGAGGUAUGUGGAGCGGGCCCAGGACCGGAUCAGGCUAACACUGUCGCAUUUUGGCGUGGCCUGUGGUCAGAGCCCGUAAACCACAGCGAGGGCUCUUGGACGGAAGUUGUGGCGAGUCAGUGUGCGAGUAUUACGCCCAUGGACCCCGUCAUCAUAACGCCGGAUGACGUAGCUGAGGCGGUCCAUAGAGCCCCGAACUGGAAAAGUCCGGGACUCGACGGACUGCAUCACUACUGGCUGAAGGGGUUCAUGGUGUGUCACGCUGUGCUCGCCCGUCAGUUUCAAGAGGCUCUCAACCAGAAGUCGCUCCCUAGCCUCUUCACUACUGGGAUCACUCAUUUGGUUCCUAAAGACCAGAUUACUCAAACAGAAAAUAAGCUAGAAGAAGAUAGCAUAAUGGAUGAGAAUGAAAAUAAACAAUCCCAGACGCACUUUAAAAAGGAAAUGUGA